AUGACAAAAGAUUGUGCAUCCAUCAGGUUUAUAUUUCAAUGGAACUUUUCAAUUUUCCUCUCAUCGUCGUUUGCCUCUAAUCAUCGACAACGAAAUACUGAUAUCAUAGAAGUUCAGCAAAAAGACACUCGACUAGUUGAAUGGCAUCGAAGUGGCAGAAGUUAUUGUUUCACUUUAAUCUCGAAGCUCAAUCUUUGUUUCGUUGAUUCAGCAAGUGAAGGGAAGAAACAUUCUAAUGGUUUCAUGUCUGAAAAGUAUUUUUUACGAAUUGCUUAUCUCUCGCAACAAUCUAAUCAGAGGCAGCAGAUCUGCCAUUCUCAAACAGCAAUUAGAAAUAUGCAAGCUAUUGGAAUGUUUGGUAUAACAAAAGAAAUGUUUAUCAGAAGCACUCACCCACCACCAAGCAACCACCACAAUAAUAGUCACUAUAAAACUCAUCUUGUCGAUAUCGUUGCAUGA